UUCAACGAUAAAGCCUACAAAAGAGCGAAACAGGAGUACCCAAACCAUCCUAUUAUAGGUUUAUACGCGGCGGUUGAGCAAGGCACUAUGUCUAAGAUCAAGCUACUUCACACUCUAGAUAAAGCACUAUUCGCAAAUCUAGACGUUACAAUUAGGAAUUUCUCGUAGAACCUAAUCUUCCUCGCGGCUCAUCUAGAGAUUCAAAACAAUUUAAGGCAAGAGAUCAAUGCCGUCAAAACGUUUGGUAACAAGAAAUUGUGGACAGAUUACAUCACUAGAUCUUCAACGCUUCUCAACGCAUGCAUGCUAGAAUCAGCGCGUCUUAAACCAAUAGCUCCGUUCUCUAUUCCACAGGCUGCGCCCAAUGACCGUGUAGUUGAUAACUUCAACAUACUAGCUAGAACCAAUUACAUUGUUAACACAUACGCGCUCAACGUUCUCAAUCCCUAUUAG